GAGACUUGAACCGCAGACAUGAGGCGCAGGCGCAGUAGAGCAGCGCGCCUGUACUAUCAGCAUACAGUGUGAGAGAGCAGCUGCCUAGUAUGAUGAGUGACAUUGCAGCGGGCGGACAUCCUGCAGUCAACCUAAGAAUGUGCAAACUGGCAAGCUGAGAGAAAUAACUUGUGAGGCUCCUCAUCUGGUUCAAGCUCCUGCUGAUACCGAGCAUGUAUUUGUAUCCAGAACAAGUAGCCCUGGUGGGCCAGGUGUUUGAGUCCUAUACACUGGAACACCACCAGAAAGAGAUCUUUCAAAUACUUAUGGAAAGUGAUGAGGACGCUCAUUACUCUGUGGUUGUGAAUGCCAUGACGCUGUUUGAGACUAACAUGGAAAUUGGAGACUAUUUCAAUGCUUUUCCCAAUGAGGUUCUGCCAGUCUUUGAUAAUGCUUUGCGUCGAGCAGCCAUGAGCAUCAUGCAGUCCACCCCUGAGAAUGAGAAAGUCAUGAAGCAGAAUUUGCAUGCAAGAAUAACCGGUUUGCCAGUCUGUCCAGAACUAACGCGGGAGCACAUUCCCCGGACCAGAGAUGUGGGGCAUUUCCUGUCAGUCACCGGCACAGUUAUUCGCACCAGCCUAGUGAAAGUUUUAGAGUAUGAGCAGGACUUUAUGUGCAAUAAGUGUAAACACGUCCUCACAGUGAAAGCUGACUUUGAGCAGUAUUACUCAUUCUCUCCACCUGUUGCUUGUACCAAUGAAGAAGGCUGCAACUGUAACAAAUUUACCUGCCUCUCUGACCUGUCGUCUCCAGCCAGCUGCAGAGAUUACCAGGAGAUCAAAAUACAGGAGCAGGUGCAGAGAUUGUCGGUGGGCAGUAUCCCUCGAUCUAUGGUAGUGGUUUUAGAAGAUGACCUUGUUGACAGCUGUAAGUCAGGGGAUGAUGUCACAGUAUAUGGUGUUGUUAUGCAACGUUGGAAGCCCCUUUAUGUGGACACACGUUGCGACCUUGAGAUUGUCCUAAAAGCCAACUACAUCGCGGUGAAUAAUGAGCAGCCUUGUGGAGUGGUCAUAAAUGAGGAAGUGAGAAAAGAAUAUGAAGAAUUCUGGGAACGGUUUAAGAACAAUCCAUUAGCAGGUCGGAAUGAGAUCCUAGCCAGCCUGUGCCCACAGGUAUUUGGCAUGUUUGUGGUGAAGCUGGCAGUAGCCAUGGUAUUGGCUGGAGGAGUACAGAGAAUUGAUUCUGUUGGUACCAGAGUGAGAGGGGAGUCCCACCUUCUGCUUGUUGGUGACCCUGGUACAGGAAAAUCUCAAUUUUUGAAAUAUGCAGUGAAGAUAACUCCAAGAUCAGUUUUGACUGCAGGCAUUGGAUCCACUAGUGCAGGUCUGACUGUAACUGCGGUUAAGGACUCGGGUGAGUGGAAUCUGGAGGCCGGGGCUCUAGUCCUGUCAGAUGGAGGUUUGUGCUGCAUUGAUGAAUUCAACAGUAUCAAGGAACAUGACAGAACCAGCAUCCAUGAGGCAAUGGAACAGCAGACGAUCAGUGUGGCCAAAGCUGGGUUGGUGUGCAAACUAAACACCAGAACGACUAUCCUGGCUGCUACUAAUCCAAAAGGACAAUAUGACCCAGAAGAGUCCAUCUCUGUUAAUGUAGCCCUUGCUAGUCCUCUUCUCAGUAGAUUUGACCUGGUGUUAGUGUUGUUGGACACAAAAAAUGAAGACUGGGACAGGAUUAUUUCUUCCUUUAUAUUGGAAAACAAAGGGUGCCCACGCAAAUCUGAUAAGCUCUGGAGCAUGGAAAAGAUGAAAACCUACCUCUGCCUUGUAAAGAGCUUGCAGCCUAAAAUGUCUGAAGGGGCUAACAUAAUUCUAGUGCGUUAUUACCAGCUCCAGAGACAAAGUGAUAGCAGAAACGCAGCGCGUACUACCAUCCGCCUUCUGGAGAGCUUGAUACGACUGGCAGAAGCCCAUGCGCGACUCAUGUAUCGGGAUACUGUGACUGUUGAAGAUGCAAUAACUGUGGUAUCAGUAAUGGAGUCAUCUAUGCAGGGAGGUGCAUUACUUGGAGGGGUGAAUGCAUUACAUACAUCGUUCCCGGACAAUCCACAAGAACAGUACCAGAUGCAGUGUGAGCUUCUCUUGGAUAGGCUUGGUCUGCAGAACAUUUUGAGGGAAGAGCUGCAGAGGCUGAAACGCCAAAAUGAAGACUCCAGCAAGCCUCAACCUGUAACAAGUAGGGCUAGUGGAUCAGACUAUUCCAUGGAAGAUAAAACAGUGUAUGGUGAUAGUGUGCAUCCUAAAGCGUCACAACAUGCCAACGUGAAAGAGAGAAUCUGCUCAAACACUACAAUCCUCCAAACGCCUUCAAAAGCUAUAACAAGUAGUAAUGAGAUUUGCAGAGAUUUGUCUGAUCCAUUGCUAAAGCAGCCCACGCAAAAUAUUCUGGAAACGGGAUAUUGUGAAAAGCAGAAAAGUAAUGUACAGACAUUGAGUCCUUCAGAAAGCCAAAGCGAGAAAUGUAGUGACACUAGUCUGGGGUGGUUUGAUUCUCUCCCAUCAGGGCACCAGAGCAUUGAUAUUUCUCCUAUAUCUAAUACUACUGAACACUACACAAACAUAAAACAUCAAGCUGCAAUUCAGCCAGGCCUUGCUGAAACUAGCAAUACUGAUUUCAGUGGUGCUAUUGCUGGAAGUGAGAUAAAAGGAAUACAGACACAACAAACAAGAAAGCGUCCGUCUGACACAAAGGUGAAUAAUUUACCAGAUGACGUUGUUACAGAGUAUAUUUCUAAAAAAUGGCAAAAAUUGAACAAACAGUCACUGAAAAGUGCAUCUAAUAGUAAUAAAUCAGCAGAGUGUUUGGAAACUGGAGGCUGUUCAGAUGUUUGUACUUCAAACGCUGCUCCUCUGCAUAGCACCCCUGCCCGCGGGAGAAGAAGAAAUCUUGUCCAUAUUAAUCCAGAAGAAGGCAGAGUACAUAUGAAGGAUCCAGGGGAGGGGAGAACAGAUGGGAAGAAUCCAGAAGAAAGGAAAGCAGGUACAAUGGAUCCAGGGAUGAGUGCCAAACUAGCUGAAUUAGCCAAGUUUUCUUUUAGGCAAAAGACAAAACUGGUGCACUGCGUGGGAAUAGACUCUGAAUCCACAUCUACUUCUAGUGGUGACAAAGAAAAUAGGAUUUGUGGUAUUUCUGAUGAUCAGCCAAAGGCUCCUCCCACGGAUAAAAUACAAAAUCUUUUGGUGGAAUCAAGUAGUAUGGAGAAAUCCAGUUCAGUUCUGAUGAGGCAGAAGAAAACUAGUGAUCCCUCAUAUGCUUCCACCAUAGACGAAGCAAUUCAGGCGAAAGGAUCUGCUUCAAGUAAUGCAAUACCCCUGCCUGUGUAUUUAAGUGAGGAACAUAAACUAGCAGAUGAGUCACAGUGCAGAAAAGUCUCUUCUAGUACUCUUGCCAAGCUGGCAAAAUUCUCAUUCACAUCAAUAUCUGAUCCCAAAACGUCUGAUGUAUCUGCCACCAUUAACAGGGAAGACCCACAAUCACCCCGAGAGCACAGUGCAGCAGCAAAAAGGAAAUGUUUUCAGCUGGAUCCUCCCUGUACUAUGAACAUUAUAACCAGUAAAUCUCUGUUUUAUACUGCAGACUUUGACGAUGAAACAUUAGAUUUUGAUUGGGAUGAUAAAAUAAAAGACAAAAAAUCUGUUAGAUGAUUAAAAUGCUGUAUACUAAAUCCUUUUUUGAGUAGGUGCCUUAACGUUCUCUCUGUGGUAAGUGAGAAUAUCAUUUUGCACCACCACUCUUUCAACAGACAAAUUUAUUUACAGUUACUGAUGCGUCCUCAUACAUCUAUCCUCAAUGCGCCAUGUAGCGCGAGAUGCCCGGUGUGAGUGAUCCAGCAGGUCCAGUGCAACUCUGUCAAUGUUGGGCUUUUUUUUGUGUCUUGCUGAUUAAUUUGAUAUAUGGCCCUUGUAUAUGGUAUGUGACUAUGUCUGUAUACGAAGCAGAACAGAACUUGUAUUGGAAAAAAGCUGCAGCUGCUACACUGCAGCACUUCGUGUACAGAUUCAGAGACUCAUUUGCACACAUAUAUGAACUUAAUCGGCAGUCUUCCAGGGGUACUGACAACUUUGCCGGGCCCCGGUACACGGAGGGGGGCAUGACCAAGGCAGGGGAGGUGUGUCCCGGCCCCCUCCUUAAAGAAUACUAAAAUAAAUAUUUUAAGUACGGCUGCAAAGCGGCUGCGCUGUACGCCAGUGCUCGAUCUAGAGGGCGGCAAGUGGAUGGCUGUGAUCGCUCUCUCCACGCACGUAGAGAAAGAGCUGACUGCUGCUGCAGCUGCCUCUCUCCCCAGCCCUGCACACAGCAACGUGUCCUGGGCUGCAGCAGUCCGCUCUUUCUCUCUCAUCCUGAAGUACAGCUCUGUGCAAUGGAAGGAGAUGAUCUGUAGGUCCAUAUAUAUUUGGACUUUCACACAAUUUUCAUUGUUUUCGCGCUCUAUGCCAACACAGUAGAUUUGAAAUUAAACAAUGGAGAUGCAAUUGUAGUGCAGACUUUCAACUUUAAUUCAAGUGGUUGAACAGAAAUAUAUGAAACGUUUAGGAAUUGCAACCAUUUUCAUACACUGUCCCCUGUUUUCAUGUGCUCAGUUGUAAUUGGGCAAAUUAAAAUGAUAAUAAAUAAAGAGUUCAUUUUAAA